AUGGGUCCCAUGGUCACGACGGUUUUCUGGAAGACACACAACCAAAAGAACCAGAAAACCAUAGAACGGGAGAGGCUGGCUUCCAGUAUGCGAACCGGCUACAUCUCGCCGGAUGCGGUAGGUCUGAGCGGUCUCCCAUGGGUCAACGAUUCGAUGGGGGCUUGUGUGCCUCUGCCUCAAUGGCGUGCCGUGGGUCUACGGGUGUUGGCUGGGCAUGCGAUGGGAUGCGCCGUUGGAGGUUUGGAGUUGGACCUUGGGUCUGGAGAGUUGGGACUAGGAACGAGGGACGAGAAAGUUGAAAGUUGUAAAGAGCUUAGUGCUACGGUUUGGAAGUAUGAAACCUAUGCUUGUAAUUGGUUGUGA